AUGUUGAUAAAGGAAUAUCGUAUGACAUUGCCAGUGACGGUCGAGGAGUACCAGAUCGCUCAACUCUACAUGGUCUCCAAGAAGAGCAAGGAACAAACAAAGGGUGGCGAGGGCAUUGAGAUUCUCGUCAAUGAGCCAUACGAGAACGAGAAGUCAAAGGGUCAAUACACUCACAAGGUCAUUCAUCUCCAGAACUCUCUGCCAAAGUUGGCCGCUGCCGUUCUGCCAGCAAGCGCUCUCAAGGUCGAGGAGAAGGCAUGGAACGCCUAUCCAUACUGUAAGACUAUAUUCAGUUGCCCAUUCUUUGGCGAUAGAUUCUCCAUCACAGUUGAGUCCAUACAUAAGGCAGGCAGAGGAGAGCUUGAGAACGCUCUGGACUGUGACGAGGACACUUUGAAGAAGAGAACAGUGGACUACAUCGAUAUUGCCACUGAUCCAAUCGACAGCAAGGACUAUGUCAAAACCGAGGAUCCAAAGAUAUUCAAGUCGGUCAAGACUGAGAGAGGUCCCCUGGACACUGAGAACUGGAGACAGACAGUGGAGCCAGUGAUGACUUGCUACAAGCUGGUGCACGUCGAGUUUAGAUAUUUCGGACUCCAGACCAAGGCCGAGGCCUUGAUCCAAAAGACCGGUGUCAGAGACGUUCUGUUGAAGGCACACAAGGCCCUCUUCUGUUGGAUCGACGAGUGGUUCGGUCUGACCAUCGAGGACAUCAGAAGAAUCGAAGAGGAGACCAAGCAAGCUUUGGCCAAGGCAAUGGCCGAGGAGGCAGAGAAGGAGAAGGAGAAGGAGAAGCAUAAGAAA